AUGGCUUCUUCUUCUUCGGUGACAACGUCGAGCUCCGGCGUGCCGCCAGGCUUCAGGUUUCAUCCCACUGAUGAAGAGCUUCUCCUCUACUAUCUCAAGAAGAAGGUUUCCUUUGAAAAGUUCGACCUUGAAGUGAUCAGAGAGGUUGACUUGAACAAGACGGAGCCAUGGGAUUUGCAAGAGAGGUGCAGGAUAGGAGCCACACCACAAAGCGAGUGGUACUUCUUCAGCCACAAGGAUCGUAAGUAUCCAACUGGGUCAAGAACAAAUCGGGCGACGAGCGCAGGGUUUUGGAAGGCAACUGGAAGGGACAAGUGCAUCCGAACCAGCUACAACAAGAUCGGCAUGAGGAAGACGCUCGUCUUCUAUCGUGGGCGAGCCCCUCAUGGCCUGAAGACUGACUGGAUAAUGCACGAGUACCGCCUUGAGGACUCCGAUGAUCUCCAAGCUGACGGAACUGAGGACGGGUGGGUGGUUUGCCGGGUGUUCAAGAAAAAAUCUUUAAUGAAAAUCGCCGGCGAUUCGCACACGAGCAAAGGAAUCGACGGCGUGAUGAACCCGACCGCCGGGCCGACCUCCCUCGACCGUUCCCGCGCCCUCGCCGCCCAAUACCUUAACCAGCAGCAAAGCCUCCACCUCCACCACCAAGCCUACUCCGCCUUCUACAAGCCGGAGAUCGCUUUCCACUACCCUCAACUCACGCCGGCGGCGACAAACAACUACCCGCACGUUCAAGUGCACGACCUCCUCUCCAAUCACCGGCCGGUGAUCGGAUACCAUGACUUCUCCGUUCUCCCCAAUGACUGCGAACCAAUGCAGGAAGUCGGGGAAGGGAGGGACCAUCAUGCGGCAAAUGAGUGGGCGUUGAUGGAUAACUUGGAGGAGAGGUUCACCGGCGCCGGAGCGGUGUCGGCGGUGCAGCAGAUGAAUGAAAUAGCUCAGCAGCGUGGUGCGGAGAUGGAUUUGUGGGGAUAUGGGAAGUAG